GGGACACCUGGUCCACCAGGGAAGAGGAAACGUAAGGCUGAGGGUCAGGAACCUCCGACUCCAACGUCUUUAGCUGGUAGAAAGCUAGAUGAUACCAUUUGUCACAUCUGUCGGGAUUAUUUGACAGACCCAGUGACUAUACAGUGUGGGCAUGAAUUCUGCCGGGUCUGCAUCAGCCAACGCUGUGCGGGAGUGGAGACAGCCACCUGUCCUCUGUGUGGAGAAACAUUCCAGAAAAGGUCCAACAUGCAGCCUUGCAGGGGGAAGUCAGGUCUGGGAGAGGUCUCUUUAAUCCAGCAGACAAAGGAAGUGAGAUCUAAUGGCUGGAAGUUAAAGUUGGACAGAUUUAGGCUAGAAGUGGAGGCAAGAACUUCGAGCAGGAGUGAAAAUGUGAAUGGUCAGGAACAGGAAGCCAUUUCUACUCAAGAGCAGGAGCUCAGAGACAAACUCCAGGCUGAGCUCAGGUGGAGAAGCGCCCAGCUCUACGCAGUGGACAUGACUCUGGAUACAGACACGGCUCAUCCAAGACUCAUCCUGUCUGAGGAUCAGAAACAUGUGAAAUUCGGAGACACUUGGCAGGAUCUGCCCGACAAACCUGAGAGAUUUGUUCUUUGUGUCAGUGUCCUGGGCGCUGAGCAGUUUACAGGCGGGAGGCAUUACUGGGAGGUGGAGGUGGGAGACAAGACUGAGUGGACUCUGGGGGUUUGCAGGGAAUCUGUGAACAGGAAGGGGAAGAUUAUAUGGACACCUGAGGAUGGAUACUGGGCCGUGUGGCUGAAGGAUGGGGGAUACAAGGCCCUCACCUCCCCCUCGAUCUUGCUCCCCGUGAGCGUCAGGCCCAGCCAGGUGGGGAUUUUCCUGGACUAUGAGGCUGGUGAGGUCUCGUUUUACAAUGUGACUGACAGGUCCCAUCUCUUCACUUUCACUGGCACCUUCUCUGAAAUGCUUCGUCCUUAUUUCAAUCCUGGUGUCAGUUCUGGGGAUACAAACGCAGCUCCCCUGAUAAUCUGCCCGGUCCCAGCUCAGACCGGAGGGAAUCUCGGUCCCUGACAGUGACCCCGCGGCACAGACUGGCCCCUCCCAGCCCUGCUGCUCUUCCCACCCAGUGGUGGUGGCCAGUUACUGCAGCAACUGGACUUUCUGUGCUGACCGGAUGCUGCCAGUUUCCCUUUUCAGCUGGAGGUUCCAGUCGAAAACCGGACACCUGGGAACCCCCAGCCCCCACCUCCCCCGUCCCUUGCCCCAGGGGUAGCAGAUGGUGGGGGAUGGGGUCAUUCACUCCGGUCAGAAUUUUCUACCCCUGUGAAAUCUCAGUGUAAAAUA